AUGUCUUUAAUUUCUGCCAUCUCAAACAUCGGAGGAUCAUCAGCCAAGUCAUUCUCCAAGUCUUCAACAUCGUACGCUGUAACUGUCAACUCUUCUGCAACUGGUGGUCAAUCAUCUAAUCAAGCAGCUCGUCUACUCCAUUUGGAUAUCUGUGCCAAUAUUCUUGGUCUUCUCGGUGGAAUCACUAUUAUAUUAUCUCGUUCAUAUCAGUUAUGUUUCUUAUUUGUUUAUUCUACUCCUGCUCUACUCUGUAAUCUGUCUGUCUGUUUGAUGAUGUUUCUAGAUGAUUCGGGAACUGCAACGAUAUCAUCAUCAUCCGAUAGCAGUAGUAGCAUCACAAUCAUCAUGUCUUCCAUUCGUGUGGUAUGUAGAUUCAGACCACAGAAUAAGAAUGAAUUAGCCCAAGGUGGAACAUCUGUCAUUGAAGUAUCGGAUGGCCAAACUGUCACCAUCAAAGGUAAUGAAUCAAAUCAUUCAUUUACAUUUGAUAGAGUAUAUAGUGAUAGAAACACACAAAAAGAUGUUUAUGAUGAUGCAGCCAAACCAGUUAUUGAAGAUAUUAUGUUGGGUUACAAUGGUACCAUUUUUGUAUAUGGACAAACCAGUUCUGGUAAGACACAUACAAUGCAAGGACCAUCAAUUGAUGAUCCAGAGUUGAAAGGUGUCAUUCCUAGAAUGAUCAAUACUGUAUUUGAUUGUAUUACAAAGGCCGAUGAGAAUAUUGAAUUUAUAGUCAAAGCAUCGUAUAUUGAAAUUUAUAUGGAGAGAAUUAGAGAUCUCUUGGACCCAAGAAAAGACAAUCUCAAGGUCCGUGAAGAAAAAGCAAAGGGUGUAUGGGUAGAAGGCACCACCGAAGUGUAUAUAUACAGAGAAGACGAUAUUUUGGAAGUAAUGAGAACUGGUUCUGCAAAUAGAGCUAUUGCUGAAACAAAAAUGAAUGCUGAAUCAUCAAGAAGUCACAGUAUUUUUAUUUUAUCAAUUCAACAAAAGAAUCUAAAAGAAGGAUCAAUGAAAAAUGGUAAACUCUAUUUGGUUGAUUUGGCAGGUUCAGAAAAGGUAUCAAAGACUGGAGCUCAAGGUGUGACAUUUGAUGAGGCAAAGAUGAUCAACAAGUCAUUGUCGUCUCUUGGAAAUGUAAUCAAUGCACUUACAGAUGGAAAGUCUGCUCAUAUCCCAUACCGUGAUUCGAAAUUGACUAGAGUACUCCAAGAAUCACUUGGUGGUAACUCUCGUACCACACUCAUUAUCAAUUGUUCACCAAGCAGUUACAAUGAAAAUGAAACUCUAUCGACUCUACGUUUUGGUAAUCGUGCCAAGAAUAUUAAGAACAAGGCCAAGAUUAAUCAAGAACGUAGUGCUGCCGAACUUAAAAUAUUAUUAUUAAAGGCUGACAAGGAAAUUGAAAGUCUAAAAGGUUAUAUCAAAGAAUUGGAAUCAGUUUCAGGUGUUCAACCAAGAAGUGGAACAAGUAGUAGUGGUGGUGAAAAUAUAGAUGAACAACAACAACAAUUAAAAGAAAAAUGUAUCCAAUUGGAGAAAUUAUUAUUCCAAAAAGAAGAAGAAAAGAAGGAAUUACACGAACAUUUAGAAUCCAUUACGAUACAAUUACAAGAUAGAGAACAAGAAUUGGAAUCUCAAUCUCAUAUUUUAUCAUCAUUGAGAGAUGAAAAUAUGAAACUUGGUAAUCUAAGUCAUGAAAAUGAUAUACUUGGAGCUCAAGUAUCAGAAUUAAAAUUAGCAUUGGAUAAAUUAAAAUAUGAAUCAGUUGAACAAUCAUUGGCAAUUGAAGGAUUAAAUUCAGAGAAUACAUCAAUGAAGAGUCAAAUGCAAGAAAAGAAACAAAGAGAAGAUCAACGAAAGGAAAAGGAAGAAUUGUCAUUAUCCUCUAUUGAUCGUAGAUUUGAUGAAUGGACCGAAAAGGAGGAGCAAUUAAAACUACUUCAAAGAACUCCAUCAAAAGCAAAACCAAUUCAAUCACAAAGCAUUGCCAAUAUUGCUUCACAGAGUUCUGGUUCACCACUAUCUCCCAUGUCCAUCUCAAUGCCAGGUACUCUUGCAUCGGUAAACAACAAUACAGAUCCAGCAAUCAUCCAGGAAAACGAAUCAUUAAAACAAAAAAUUAUGGAUUUGGAAUUAAUUAUUCAAUCGUUAAAGUUGGAUCAUCAUCAUACCGAUCACAACAAUGUACCAAUGGACAUUCAAGAUUUGACAUUGUCACCAUCCUCUGAUAGUGAUCACCAAGACAUACCUCUAAACGAGUCGACAACAUCGGCAACACCAUCACUCGACGAAAUCCCAUCUGAAAUGAUGUUGCAAGCCGAACAAUUGAGAAAGCUAUUGAAUGAAAACUCUGAACAAAGAAACCAACUCGACUCUAUCAGAAACGACAACAAGAAGCUUUCUUUGCGUCUCAGCAACAUUGAAGACGAGACUAGACUACGAAUGGAGGAAGAACUUAACCUGUUGCGAGAGCAAACCAACCAAAAGUUGUUGGAAUUUGGCUCGCUCAAAGAGUCGCUGCUACGCGAUCUAGAGAACCGUUGUCAAAAGGUAAUCGACUUGGAGUUGGUACUCGACGAGUUCCAAGACCGUGUGGCCACUCUACAGGAAAGACUCAACCGCGCAACCAAGAUGAAUGGAGACAAUGAAGCAGCCAUGAUCCAACUAAAGCUCGAUGAAAUGACCAGUUUCAAGCAUCAACUGUCGGUGGAAAACAACAAGCUCAAAAACGAGGCACAACGAGCCUCCAAGCAACUCGCACUUCGUAACGAGCACAUCCUCUCACUUGAAAACACCAUCAAGGAAUCACAAGAGCGUCUCUUUAAGUUGGCACUAAACUAUGAUACUGUAUCUCAGGAAUUGGGUCGUUACAAGACAUCGGAAGAUGGCAAAAAGAGUGCUCCAAACUCGGACCAAUCUGGUGCUAGAAUUGUUCGUCCAUUGCGAGGUGGAGGUGGUGGUGUCGUCGUUAGCGGCGGCCUUAGUGGUCAUGGCAGUGGUGCACUCACUGGUGGAUCCGACUCUUCCACAAAUAACGGACAGACUCCACAAAAGGGUACCAACAUCAACAUGUCAUCAAAUCUCUACGCAAACACUAGCAAAAAUACUCGAGAAUAUCCAUCUCCCAUGAAUCUAUCAUCAAAUAAUAUUCAAACAGGAGGAAACAACAAUAAUAGUAGUACUCAUAGUUCACCAUCAUCCACACCUGGAUCAGUUUCUCCAAACCACCCACCGAAAUUGCAAUCCGAGAACAGUUCAUCUUCAUUUUUUGGUGGAUUAUUUAGAAAGAAAACGACAACAUCCCCACCACCAAAUAGUAUAUCCAACAGCACCAGUACCAGCAGAACCAAUAUGUCAGCAUCUGGUGGAGGUGGAAGUACAGCCACGAGUCCCCCAAUUCCCUUGUCUCUCAAUAACUCUACAUCUUCUUAUACACUUGCAGUCCCUACUUCUCCUGCAGGAUCGAAUCCACCAAGCACAAAUAAUUCCCCACCACAUACUCCUUCUUCUACCGAUUAA